GUGCGCAGUCCACCGUUACCAUGGCGGACCUACAGAUGAAGCUUCUCCGCAAGAAAAUUCAGAAGAGAAAUGAAAAGAACAAGGAGCGGAAACUCCUUAAGAAACAGACCGAAGACGAGGAGACCGUAAACUCAAACGGGCUGGAAGAGGACUGUUGUGAGAAGCCAGCAGCUGCUUGUGAGGCAGAGAGGAAGCCCAAGAAGAAACAGAAAAAGCAGAAUGGGGUACCAGUGGAAGGGACCAGCACAGAGAAGACCCUGGCUCAGAAGAAGAAAAAGAAAAAACGGAAGCUGACUGACACAGCUGAAUCACCAGCUGAGAAGAAGACCAAAACGGUGAAAGAAGAUGAAGAAGAGGAGGAAGAGGUGGAGGAAGCAGCAGUGGCAGAUGAAGAUGAAGAUGCUACUGACAAACUAGAGGAAGGUGUAGAUGAUGAUGAUGAUGAUGAUGAUGAAGAUGAUGAUGAACAUGACGAAGAAGAGGAAACUGGAGAGGGAGAUAGCGAAGAGGAAGAUCAACCUGAAUUACCAUCUGGUUUAACAGGAGCGUUUGAGGACACGUCGUUCGCUUCUCUUAAUGGGUUGGUGAGUGAGAGCACUCUGAAUGCAGUGAAGGAGAUGGGCUUUGAACACAUGACUGAGAUUCAGCAUAAAAGUAUUCGCCCUCUGUUGGAAGGAAGGGACGUGCUGGCAGCAGCCAGGACAGGCAGUGGUAAAACCUUGGCCUUCCUCAUCCCUUCUAUAGAGCUCAUCAACAAACUCAAAUUCAUGCCCAGGAAUGGCACUGGUGUGGUGAUUCUUUCACCCACACGUGAGUUGGCAAUGCAAACCUAUGGUGUGAUGAAGGAGCUGAUGACACACCAUGUGCACACCUAUGGUUUGAUCAUGGGGGGCAGCAACCGCUCAGCUGAGGCUCAAAAACUGGCCAAUGGUGUCAACAUCCUGGUGGCCACCCCUGGCCGUCUGCUGGACCACCUUCAGAAUACCCCUGGGUUCAUGUUCAAGAACCUACAGUGUCUGAUUAUUGACGAGGCCGACCGUAUCUUAGAGGUGGGCUUCGAGGAGGAGCUGAAGCAGAUCAUCAAACUGCUGCCGAAGAAGAGACAGACCAUGCUGUUCUCAGCCACUCAGACUCGUAAGGUGGAGGACUUGGCUCGGAUAUCCCUGAAGAAGGAGCCCCUCUACGUCGGGGUGGAUGACAACAAAGACAAUGCUACUGUGGAUGGCCUGGAGCAGGGUUAUGUGGUGUGUCCAUCAGAGAAGAGGUUCCUGCUGCUCUUCACCUUCCUGAAGAAGAACCGUAAGAAGAAGCUGAUGGUCUUCUUCUCUUCUUGUAUGUCUGUGAAAUUCCACUAUGAGCUACUCAACUACAUUGACCUACCUGUUAUGGCCAUCCAUGGCAAGCAGAAGCAGACCAAACGUACCACCACCUUCUUCCAGUUCUGCAACGCAGACUCUGGCAUCCUGCUGUGUACAGAUGUGGCAGCUCGAGGUCUGGACAUUCCUGAGGUGGACUGGAUUGUCCAGUACGAUCCUCCAGAUGACCCAAAGGAAUACAUCCACAGAGUGGGCAGAACAGCCCGAGGCAUCAAUGGAAGAGGCCACGCCCUCCUCAUCCUUCGACCAGAGGAGCUCGGUUUCCUGCGCUUCCUCAAACAGGCCAAGGUCCCAUUGAGCGAGUUUGAGUUUUCCUGGACUAAAAUCUCUGAUAUUCAGUCCCAGCUGGAGAAGCUGAUUGAGAAGAACUAUUACCUCCACAAGUCGGCUCAGGAGGCUUACAAGUCGUACGUACGGGCGUACGACUCGCACUCACUCAAACAGAUCUACAGCGUCAACACCCUCAACCUCCCGAUGGUGGCGCUGUCAUUUGGCUUCAAAGUUCCUCCAUAUGUUGAUCUGAACGUCCACAGCAGUAAAGGUGUAAAGUUACAGAAGCGAGGCGGUGGAGGUGGGUUUGGAUACCAGAAGUCCAAGAACGUGCAUAAGUCCAAAAUCUUUAAGCACGUCAACAAAGGAAAGAGUGACAGGAGACAGUUCUCCCGCUGAACCCUUCAACCGAAGUGACUCCUGGACUGAUUCCGCCACUGAUGUUGAAGAACCUUUUUUAUGAACUUCCUGCUUUGAACAGAACACGUCUCCAAUUAAACUGUCUCCCUCAGAUGUCUUUUAUAAACCCAGUUUUCUUCCAAUAAGUUGUAAGAGUAUUUUGUAAAUGUAAACAAACAUCAUUGUGGCUGUGUGCUUCUGAAGAAGCUGUGGAAUUGUGUCCCAUGUGGACCUGAUCAACAAGACUCUUAAAUGCAUCUGUCAGGAAUAUUAAUAUAUCUUUGAAUAUAUUCUAUGGAGUAUGCUUCAGUGUUUGACUUAAGACUUUGUAAAUUACAAUGAAAUCACUUGAUAUCAA